AUGAACCCUGAACAGAAAACUGCUACCACACUAAAUGCCACAUUUGUUCGUCCUGCACAGUUUUAUCUCAGUGGGUUGACCAACAUCCCUCAUGAUAAGUAUUUUUAUGUCUUCCUGUGUUUUGUCUAUAUCAUGACUGUUCUUGGGAAUGGCCUCCUCCUCUCAGUGAUUUACCUGGACAAGACUCUUCAUACUCCUAAAUACACGAUUGUGUUCAACCUGGCUUUGAUAGAUUUGUGUGGGAGCACUGCUCUCAUCCCAAAGCUCUUGGACACAUUUUUGUUUGACAGGAGAUACAUUGUCUAUGAGGCUUGUUUAAGUUACAUGUUCUUUGUUUGGUUCUUUUUAGGUCUGCAGUCAUGGACACUUGUGAUUAUGGCAUAUGACAGAUUUAUAGCAAUUUGCUUCCCUUUAAGGUAUCAUAGUAUUGUGACCAAACCAGCUAUUGCUGUAAUGCUGCUGUUUGUGUGGGUUUUUUCACUGAGUGUAGUAGCAUGCAUGGUUGGCUUUUUUGAUCGUCUCUCCUUCUGUCGAUCUUUGGUGAUACAAAGCUUUUUCUGCGAUCAUGGACCAACAUAUCGUUUGGCCUGUAAUGACACAAAUUUAAAUUACAUAAUGGCAGUUGUUGUCGUAACUGUAGUUGUCGUUAUUCCUAUUAUAUUGAUAGCACUGACAUAUAUUUACAUUGUCAAAGCAGUGAGAAAGAUUGCAUCAGGAGAGGAACGAGUCAAAGCAGUGAAAACUUUUACUUCUCACCUGACUCUUGUGUCUGUUUUUUUCCUACCGCUUUUGGGCACCAACAUAGCUGCUCUGACCUGGUCUCUUCCUCUUAAUAUCAGGAUCUUUGACUCUACUUUGACACACAUCAUACCACCUUUGCUCAAUCCUAUUAUAUACUCUCUAAAAACAGAAGAAGUGUUGAACUCUAUCAAGAAACUUUACCAAAGAAAUAGGCUUAGCAGCAUAACCGUUUCCAAAAAGUGGCCUUUUUAUCACAAUU